AUGGGCGGCGCGGCGAGCCGGCACGUGCGCGUGGUGGAGGACGCGGCGCUGUGGUACGCGUGCGCGGGGCCGCUGGUGACGGUGCCGGCCGUGGGGUCGCUCGUGGUGUACUUCCCGCAGGGCCACGUGGAGCAACAGCAGCGCCUCGCGCAGCGCGACCCACCGCCGCCGACCGAAUCGGAGUCGCCGCCCCGCUCGCCGCCGUCGGGGCUGUCGUCGCCAAUCGCCAUCUCCACGUCAGAAUCGCAGUCGCAGUCGCAGUCGCGCAACAGCGGCGAUGACUCGCCAAGCCCGUCGCACGGGUUGAGCCAAUCGCCCAGCCAAUCAGACUUGAGCGGCUGCACUCUCCCCAGAGGCCGCGCAUCCGCUUCCCCCCCUUCCGCCGGCCAAUGCGCGCAAAGCAGCGGCAGUCCUGGCUGGCAAGGCGGAAGCGGUGGGGUAAGCGGCACGUCGCGGGGAGCGGACAGCGCGAGCGCAACGGAGAGCGCGCAGGCGAAGAGGCGACAGCAGCUGCCGCCCAGCCACAUCUUCUGCCGCCUGACGGCCGUGGCGCUUCAGGCGGACGAGCGCACGCACGAGCUGAUGGUGCGCUUCGAGCUGCAACCCGUAGACGAGGCGGAAGCAGUGAGGGCGCAGGCAGCCGCCAGCCAGGAGGCGCGCAAGGCAGGCGCAGCGGGGAGGAGACGGGGGCGCGAGGGGGAGAAGGCGGACGCGCAAGAGGAGCAGAACGAGGAGGGCAGCAUGGACACAGACGGCGGGCGCACGCAGGCAGCGCGCCCGGGGGGGCUGCCGGCGCAGGCGGGGGUGCACACGCACAUGGGCGCGCACGCGCGGCUGCACAUGUGCUGCAAGCGCCUCUCCACCAGUGACGCCGCGCCCCAUGGCGGCUUCUUCAUCCCGCGCAAGGCCGCCGAGUCCCUCUUCCCCGCCCUCGACGCCAAUGAGGAGGGGCCAUGUCAGCAGCUGGUGGCGUCAGACGUGUUCGGGCGCGAGUGGAACUUCCGCCACGUGUACCGCGGGUCACCGCGCCGCCAUCUGCUCACGGCGGGGUGGAGCGCCCUCUGCGCGUCCUGGGGGCUCGCUGCCUCCGACCGCAUCAUCUUCCUCAGCCUCACGCUGCUCUGCUCUGUCUCCCCCUGCCCUCUCGUUUUUUUGCCCCUUCCCCAACUGGCCCCUCACUGCGGUGCUGGCAGGGCGGGCAACGGGGCGCUGAAGGUGGGCGCACGGCGCAGUGAGGCCGUGCUGGCAGCGCAGCACCGGCGGCAGAGGGAGCGGGAGAGAGGGCUAGGGGCAACAGACUCUGCAAGCAGUGCGGGCGCAGCCAAGGAGGGGCCGAGCACCACGGGUGCUGCGACGACAGUGGCAGCGAGUGAGGUGUUGAAGUGGGUGGCGCACUGCCACGGCGUCAAGAGGGCCUUCUCUGUCGUUUACCACCCCUGCGUGGCAUCAACGCCAGCGCCCUUCGUGCUGCCCCUCGGCACCUUCUGUGCGGCGCUGCGGCUGAAGCAGCGGCUGACAGCAGCCAGUGAGGUGCGCAUGGCGUUUGAGACGGACGAGCUGUCCACGCACAGGCUGCGCGGCACCGUCACCGCGGUGCACAGGGCGGCCAGCGGCGUGUGGCCGACCUCCCAGUGGCGCAGUGUGCGCGUGCGCUGGUUCGACUGCGACCCCUCCCUGCCCCGCCCCCCCCUCGUCUCCCCCUGGCACCUCGACGACUCGCUCCCCUCCGCCCCCCGCGCCUCCCCCUCUUCCUCCUCCCUCUCCGCGCCCAUGUCCCUCUCCCUCUCCACCACCUCCUCCCUCACUGCCUCCGCCCCUUUCCCCUCCUCCUCCUUCCCCUCCUCCUCCUCCUCCCCCUCCCCCCGACCCCUUGUCUCCCCUCGUCCGCCCUCCUCCCCCCGUGACCCCCGACCCUCCCGCUCCAGCUUCAGGGACUCGGCGUUCCCCCCUCUCUCCGCCUCUCCGCCGCUCCACACCUCCCCGUCUGCCCUCAUGCCCCCACCUCCUUCCCCCACCACGCCCAGAAGCGCCUCCUAUGCCCCGCACCUCCCCUCCGCGCCCAACGCCCCCACGCCUCUGCGCCUGCCCCCCUCCGCGUCCCCUUGCCCGUCCCCCGGUGGUGGGAGGCGCAUCAGCCUGGCGGAGUGGCGGCAGUGGCGCGCGCUCGUGAGGCAGACCCCCCCCGACCACCCCUUCCCGCUGCCCCUGCACCUCCCUGCCAGGAGGACGGGCAGGGGCGGGGAGGGCGAGGGUGGGGCUCGGGAGGGAGGGCAGGAGGGGCGCGAGGGAGGAGUGGAGGAGGAGAGAUUGGAAUGUGGAGGGCGGCAGCGAGAGGGGCAUGGGGGCGUGUGGGGUGCCGGUGAGCGCCCUGUGUCGCCACACAAGGCGGGCGUGUCCGCACCAGCAGAGCCGGCAGGCGGAGCAUCAGAGGCACCGGCAACAUCAGAGGCAUCACAGGAAUGUGCGUCUGUCGCCCCACCACCGCCUCAUAGGCAGCAGCAGCAGCAGCAGCAGCAGCAGCAGCAGCAGCAGCAGCAGCAGCAGCAGCAGCAGCAGCAGCAGCAGCGGGUGGUUGUUACCCGCCCGCUCGCCCGGUCCAUCGCCCCCAACAUGGCUGCUCUGCUGCACCUCUCCCACUCCCGCUCUCGCUCCCUCUCACUCCCCCCCACACCCUCACACUCGCACUCGCAUUCGGACAUGAGCAGCAGCCGCAGUGAGGGUGGAAGGCCAGCAACCCCACGCCCCACCACACGCCUGCCGCCCGCUGCACCACAACAGGCCGGAAGUGGCGUCGCAGUAGGCAGUGGGUCGUGCGGUGUGCUCCCACCCGCCAAUGGCGUGCUGCCACCUGGCAGCGCGGUGCGCAAGCGAGUGCGUUUCCAGUGCGACCUCGACCCGCCUGCGCCCUCCCCUCCUCCCCACUCCACGCAGCCGCCCCAUACGCCUUCCCAACCCCCCCUCCGCCCCCUCCCCACGCCCCCCUCCCACGCCGCGCCCCCUCCCGGCGCCCCUCGGCCUGCCAAGCUCUCUCUCGCCUCGCUGCUUCCACUCACUGACUGCCACGUGGCAGCUGACUCAGCAGAGCAGCGGCCAGGGAAGAAGGCAAGGAGUGCCGUCCGUUGUGCGAGCUGGCAGAGUGGUGACGUGGAGGGGCGAGUGGAGGAGGGUGACUUGGCGUGUGAGGAGCAAGAGAUGCGUGAUGAGGAGUGUGGGAAGGGAGGCGAGGAGGAGGAAAUGGUUGAGGCGGAGGGCAGAGAAGACGAGGAGGGAAGAGAUGGGGAGGAGAGGGGGAAGGGAGAGGAGCAAAAGGCGGAGAGAAUGGAGGGAGAGAAGGCAGAGGAAGGAGCAGAGGAGGGCGUGCCGGGCGGGCAGAGCCACUCAUCGUUUGAAGUAGCGGCGGCAUCCCUGCUGGUGCUCAGGCAGGGGGGGCAGCACACGGCGCCUGCAGCAGCAGCAGCGGCAGCAGCGAUGGCUCCAGCAACCCCACCAGCUGCAUCUCCACCAGCAGUGCCUUCGGGUCUCGCCCUCUCGCUCUCCCCAUCACCGCCUGCUCGCCCUCUCUCCAUCUCCCAUUCCUCAACACUUCACGCUUCAGCUGCCUCAGGUGCCUCAGCUGGGACCGCAGUGGCACACGACAGGCAUAGCGAGGCACAACAGGUGGCAGAGCAGCCUGGGGCAGGGAGGGGAGCGGGCGAGUGGGGAACAGCAGGCGCAGUGCGGGAACGGGAGGAGUUGCCUGCAAUGCCAAGGCAGGGUGCAGAGGCCACGAGGGGGAUGGCUGUGGGCGGCUGUGAUGAAGACUUGGCACCGCGCUGCAGUGACGGCCUCGCACCUCCCCCUGCUGCUGCUGCAGCCAGUCCAGCAUGUGAGGCAUUGCAGCCAAGCUGCCAUGCCGCUGGCAUUACUGCUGCUGUUGUUGGGCAGUCUCGGCGCAUCAAACUGCGGGUGGAGGGCAGCCCGGUGGGGCGCACGGUGGAUCUGAGUGGCAUCGGCAGCUUCCAAUCGCUGUACGCCACGUGUGCAGCCAUGCUGCAGCUGCCUCUGCAGCAGCCCGCAGCGGGUGCCGCAUGUCCCUGGCAGCUCACCUACACCGACGCCGACGGUGACACGCUGCUCGUCGGGGACGGGCCCUGGAGGUCAGUCCCCUCCCUCCGACCCCUCUCCCUCCCUCUCUCUGCUCCUUGUUGGCGACGGGCCAAGGAGGUCAGCCCACCCUCACUGCACCUCCUUCCUCUCUCUUUCUCACUGCAUCUCAUCCCUCUCCUCUUGUCCUCUCCCUCUUGUCCUCUCCCUCUUGUCCUCUCCCUCUUGUCCUCUCCCUCUUGUCCUCUCCCUCUUGUCCUCUCCCUCUUGUCCUCUCCCCCUUGUUCUCUCCCCCUUGUUCUCUCCCUCUGGUUCUCUCCCUCUUGUUCUCCCUCUCUCCCUCUCCCCUUCCCUCUGCUGCUCCUGUACUUGCUGCAUCUCUGCCUGUUGCUCUUGUCCUGCAUCCCUUUUUAUCCCUGUGAGCUCCGCACCAUGACUGCUGCACUGUACCACUUGCAGAAAGCUGUGCUCAUUAUCGUCCACCUGGCUGCCUCUCAUCUUCUCCCGUGUGUCGCUUGCAGUGAGUUUGUGAGGGAUGCACGGAAGUUGAGUGUCAUAAGGACGCCCAAGCUCCAGCAAUGGGGGUACAGUUGA